GGCACUUGGGGCUGGCAGGCUGCUCGCUGACAGAUGCCAGCCUACUGGGUCUGUCCCUGUGCGCCCCCCUCAAGCUCACACUGCGCCACCUGGACCUCUCGGGCAACCCGGGUCUCCAGUGGGACGAGGCGGCCUGGCGGUGGGCGCUGAUGGGCUGCACAGCGCUGCAGGUGUUCAAUGUGCAGGGAGCAGGACUGGACACCCCCGCGCUGCGGGCCCUCACCCGCACCCUGCAGGAGCUGCAGGAGCUGCGGAGGACGCUGGCGGUGGUGAAGGCGGGGCCGCCCACGGACCUGCGCAUGCUACCGCCGCGGGAGCAGCAGGAACAGCUGGGGGAUCAGCCGCGGGAACAGCAGCAGCAGCCAAACCCACCGCCAGCAGAGGGCUCGGACGCAGUGCAAGUCGCGCUGGUGCGGACAAGGGA